AUGAAUAUAUUUCGUCUCAUGGCAGAUCUGGCCCAUGUCUUAGCCAUUGUAAUACUGUUGCAUAAAAUAUGGAAAUCUCGUUCGUGUGCCGGUAUAUCGGGCAAGUCGCAGAUACUGUUUGCACUCGUCUACUUUAUGCGCUAUUUGGAUAUCAUGACCUCGUAUGUGAGCUUCUAUAAUUCGACAAUGAAGUUGUUAUUUUUGGGUACUUCUGGAGCUACUCUGAAUCUGAUUUAUCGCAAGUUCAAGCCAUCGUACGAUCACAAUCAUGACUCGUUCCGCAUUGCUUACCUCCUGGUGCCGUGUGCCUUGCUUUCGCUUUUCUUGAAUCAUGAAUUUUCCGUUUUGGAAAUACUCUGGACCUUUUCAAUUUAUUUGGAAUCCGUUGCCAUCCUGCCGCAACUAUUUAUGGUGGCCAAGACUGGAGAAGCCGAGUCCAUAACGAGCCACUAUCUCUUUGCCUUGGGCUCCUAUCGGGCGCUGUAUGUCUGCAAUUGGGUUUAUCGCUACAUCGCAGAGUCGCAUUUCGAUUUAAUUGCCAUCAUCGCUGGCCUCGUUCAAACUAUACUCUACUGUGAUUUCUUCUAUCUAUAUAUUACCAAGGUCCUGCAGAACAGGAAGCUACAGCUGCCCGCAUAAUUGGAGGGCUUUCAAAAUUAUUUAAACACAUCAAAAAAACACUUUAAGGCAGUUAAGUAGAGGAAGAUUUGGAUUUUAAGGAUAUACAAAAUAUAUAUAUCGAAUGAGAAAUUUUGUUGUAUUGAAAUAUUAAAUUAA